UUGUCUCUGGUGAUCGUACUGGGAUUUGGAUUUGGUGCAUCUCAACGGGAUGCUUACGGCUUUACUAUGCACUGCUCUCAGAAAUGUAAGCACUCCGCUAGUGAUCGUCAGCCAAACCCAGUAUUUACCUCUGCCACGAACCGCGAGGCGAGAUCGGCCCUGAAAUGUGAAUAUGUUAGAAAGAUAGCUGCAGAUGCAUGCAUGGUUGGAAGUCUCCCAACACCACAAUCGACAAGGGUACCACCGGGCUUAAUUCGAGCCAAUGAAUUCUAUCCUUGUACGUAUACCACGAGCUCUGGCUAUAGUGGAAUGAAGAUUUACCCUUACUCUGAUUACCGGCUCUGUACAUUUCAUGUUCUUAAAAUGCACAACUUGCUUUUAGGCGAAUGUGCUGCAGACUUGCGAUGGUCUCGCCAGCAGAAACAUCUGCAAGAUCAAGCAGUCUGUGCUUGUGCAAACUCGCAUCAACCAUUGGAGCACCUUUUACCUCCUCAGGCCCCAGCAUCUAGGCAGUCGACUUCUUUAUCCGCCGUCCCUCGUCAAUACCCACAACAUUACAUUAGGCAGACGUCCGUCGGAGCUGGGAGUGAAGUUGUUCUCCGUCACCACCCACAUCAUCAUAAUCAACACCAUCUAAGUCGGCGGGACAGGUCUCUCUUGACCACCUCCAUGCUCGUAGCACCUCCCUCGUCCUCGCAAAUCCAGCAUAUCCAAAACCCCACCGCCGUGGCCUAUCACCAGCAGCAUCCCCAUAGACAAUCCCUCCCACCAGUUAUCGGUGGCGAUCAGCAGCGUUUCGAGCCAACAGCUGCUGUCUACGCCGCAAUGUUGAAGGAAGUGCACAUUCGAUAG